AUGUCUGCAUCUUUGCGGACAAGGGCCACGGCCCUGCUGCGUGCCAAGCCGAGCUCGAUCAGCACCUCUUCCGCCCUGGUCUCCUUCCGCGGCGCCCCGACCGUUGCCCUCUCCCACAUCAAUUCCCAAGCCCCCAUCUCCUCGUCGGCCCGCCGGAAGAACGCCUCGGCUGUCGAGCACGUUGCUGCACCACAUAGCGCGACCGGCAUUGCGCGGCGCGAGCGCAAGGAAGUGCCGCUGGCCAGCCAGGAGGGCACCAAGAGCCUCGUCCAAUAUGCACUUACCACACUCGACAUCAUUGCCAACUGGGGCCGCCAGGGCUCUUUCUGGCCCAUGACCUUUGGCCUUGCCUGCUGUGCCGUCGAGAUGAUGCACCUCUCGACGCCACGUUACGACCAGGACCGCUUCGGCAUCAUCUUCCGCGCGUCGCCUCGUCAGUCCGACGUCAUGAUCGUCGCCGGCACCCUGACCAACAAGAUGGCCCCGGCCCUGCGCCAGGUCUACGACCAGAUGCCCGAGCCGCGCUGGGUCAUCAGUAUGGGCUCGUGCGCCAACGGCGGUGGCUACUACCACUACAGCUACUCUGUCGUCCGUGGAUGCGACCGCAUCGUGCCGGUCGACGUCUACGUGCCCGGUUGCCCGCCCACGAGCGAGGCGCUGAUGUACGGCAUCUUCCAGCUGCAGAGGAAGAUGCGCAACACCCGGACGUCCCGUCUGUGGUACCGGAAGUAA